AUGGAUUUAAGCAUCGGCGAGGAGCUGGGGUACGGCAGCACCGCCUACGCGCGGCAGUCACCGUCGACUCUUCAGCCGUCCACUGGCCCUGAUCAACUGCAGGAAGUGCUGAAACUCGCCGAAGACGUCGCGACGUACAAACGUGACUUCACCGCCGAUAACGGACCGCUCGUAUUCACCAUCUCGAUAAGGUCGUGGUUGAUACUGCAGCGGAGCUCCAACUUUCUCCUGUGCACAGCACGGAACUUAUUCCACGCCUCAUUCAACCCCUCGCGCUCUGUUGUCACCAUCAUACCUCCCCCUGAGUACAGCCACGAGACCGGCGUCCAUUUCCUUCGCAGAGGCAUAUUCAAAACUCGAUCCAACCUGAUGUCUACCCUCAAGGCCAAGACCAAGAAAUGGCUCCAGGGGGGUCUCGGCAUCAAACACUUGUUCAAAAAAUACAAGUCCGCAAAAGAAAGACGAGAUUUUUUGAGGCGAUGGAGAAUGAGCAGGGACGAGCACGAGGGAAUUCAUACCAUGGCCUCUCCCAGACCUGCGACGUCUUAUCACUCUCUCUUUGAACGGCGGCGCCCGAAGAAAAAGGUGUGA